AUGCUUCAUUCGAAGACAUUUCUUAAGCGUACCAAGAAAGGAAAUGCUGUGAAAACUGUCAGGGAACAUUAUUUGAGAGACGACAUAUGGUGUUCUGCAGAAAUUUGUUUGCUUUGUGCUCAUACCGAACCGGUAUUGAGUGCGAAUGCUUUGUUCACGCAACUCUUGAAUGCUCCGCAUUACAUCGUGCCAGAUACCAAUGUCUUCUUGAAUCAAAUCUAUUUCCUUGAGCAUCAAGCCAUUCAUGAUGUUAUUGUUUUGCAAACAGUUUAUGAAGAUUUGCGAAAUUUAAGUUUAUCCGUCUACAACCGACUACGCACAUUAAUCAAUGAUAAAAGUCGUCGGUUUUAUGUAUUUCCGAACGAGCAUCAUCGUGAAACCUACACUGAGAGAAAAAAGGAAGAACCGCUCAAUGAGUGGAAAGGUCGAGCAAUAAGGUCCGCAGUAAAAUGGUAUUCCACCCACCUUGAGAAAGCAUCAAACAGUGGGAAUAUCAUUGAGGUUGCUUUAUUAUCAGAUGAUGUUGAAAAUAUAAACAAUGCUAAAGCAGAAGGAAUAUUAGCGUUUUCUGUUUCUACAGUCAAAGAGUAUGUUGUGGGAAUGACCGAUUAUCCAGAUUUGAUUAAUAUGGUGGAAAAUUUUGUUGACAUUGAGAAAGAUAAAAAGAUUUGUUACGAAGAGCACUUUAAUGCAACGAAGAUAUCCAAUGGUCUCAAAAACGGAACCUUGUAUCAAGGAUCAUUGAACAUUAGUAUGCACAAUUAUCUUGAGGGUUCUAUUCUUAGUACAGUAGAGGGCGUCGACACUCAGAUUUUGAUUUUGGGUCGACUUUACUUGAAUAGAGCUAUUCAAGGAGACGUGGUAGCCGUUCAAUUACUACCAAAAUCCGAAUGGUCGAGGGCCCCUACUUCUGCUGUGGUAGAAGAAGAUGAAGAAGGUGAUGCGUCUACUGAGUUAAAAGACGAACAACUUGGAAAAGUAGCUAACGAAGACAUCGAGAAACCAAAGCCAACCGGAAAGGUGGUCGGAAUAAUUAAGAAAAAUUGGAGAUCGUAUCCUUUAUCCUACUGUGGGUACAUAAAUAGUAAAUUCAUAAAAGGAUCCGCUACCUCCACGAUUUCGGAAAAUGUGUUUGUCUCUGCCAUGGAUACUCGUAUUCCAAGGAUAAAUAUUCGAACCCGACAAGCCAAGAACUUGCUUGGUAAACGUAUUUUAGUUGCCAUUGAUUCAUGGCCAAAAGAUUCGAAGUAUCCGCUGGGGCAUUUUGUAAGAGCAUUGGGAGAAGCUGGAAAUAAGGAUACGGAAACCGAGGUUUUAUUAUUAGAGCACGAUGUGCCGUUUCAAGAAUUUACUCAACAAGUUCUUAAAAAUCUGCCUCCUGAGGGUGAAAACUGGAAGGUAAAGAAGGAGCAUUUGCGUGAUCGUCUGGACCUAAGACACUUGAACAUUUGUAGCAUUGACCCUCCAAAAUGUACUGACAUUGAUGACGCGUUACAUGCACGUCUUCUUCCAAACGGAAAUUAUGAAGUUGGGGUCCAUAUUGCCGAUGUCACGCAUUUUGUCAAGGAAGGCACUCCAUUGGAUGAGGAGGCUGCCAAUCGUGGGACGACAGUAUACCUGGUGGAUAAACGUAUCGACAUGUUGCCUCCAUUAUUAGGAACAAACCUUUGCUCUCUCCAUGAAAGAAAGGACAGGUUGUCAUUUUCUUGCAUAUGGGAAUUAAAUUCCGAGGCGGAGAUUGUGAAUGUUACUUUUUCAAAAAGUGUAAUUUCCUCCAAGGCAUCUUUGACUUAUGAGCAAGCUCAGAUGCGUAUUGAUGACUUAAAAAUGCAGGAUGAUCUAACCAAAAGUAUUAGGAUUCUCAAUGAGUUGGCCAAAAAGCUUCGUCAACGUCGUUUGAUUAAAGGAGCAUUGGUGUUGGCAAGUCCUGAAGUAAGAUUUCAACUAGAUUUUGAUUCACAAGAUCCGGUUGAUAUUGAAAUGAAAGAGUCACGAGAGACCAAUGCUCUUGUUGAAGAAUUUAUGUUGUUGGCCAAUAUUUCUGUGGCCGAAAAGAUUCAUUCAAAAUUUUCGAAAUCUGCGCUGUUAAGAAAUCAUCCUUCUCCGAUUAAAGAAAAAUUGGAGGAACUUGCAAAGGCAUUAAGUUCAUUUGGUCUAUCGAUGCGAUUCGAUUCUUCGAAGUCGCUUUCUGAUUCUUUAGAUAAGGCUGUUAUAAAAGGGGAUUCAUAUUUCAAUACAUUGUUGAGAAUACUGACAACAAGAUGUAUGUUACCAGCUGCCUACAUUUGUUCUGGUUCGUUUGAAGCCAAAGAUUACAAACAUUAUGGACUUGCAACAAAUAUUUACACUCACUUCACGUCGCCUAUUCGAAGAUAUUCUGAUGUAAUUGUGCAUAGGAUGUUGGCUGCAUCCAUUAGUCCUGAUCAAGCUUAUAGUAAUAAGUUGACUGACACACGGAAGAUACAGGAACUUUGUGAAACACUUAACCACCGCCAUAGAAUGGCGCAAAUGGCAGCUCGUAGCUCGGUAGAAUUGCAUACAAAUAUCUACUUUAAAGGAAAGGUGGAAGAAAACAAUGGAUACGUGGCGAGAAUACUGAAAAAUGGAUUUAUUGUCUUGAUUCCAAAGUAUGGCAUUGAAGGAAUCGUGUACUUUCCUAAGAAUCAGACGUCAUCUAACACCACACCCCCUGUCGUCUACAAUUCUCACGACAAUUGUCUGGAAUCAACAACUGAAACUGGGUCAAAAAUAAGCAUUAAGUUAUUUGAUCAAGUAACAGUGCAAGUUAGCGUUCAAGGUGAAGCAAUACAGAAAUUGAAAAUAGAGCUAUUAAAACCAUUUAUUCACGGAUUUAGUGUUUCGACGGAUUCAACCAAGAAUAAUAAUGAUGCCGAUGUUAUGGAUAUUGACGAAGAUGAAAGUAAUAGUUUGGAUAAAAAAAAUAGAUCCAAGAAGAAGGAGAGCAGAGAGAGUAGUUCAGGGGGUGGUAGUGGAAAGAGAAAGAAAAUUAAAGGAUAA